CGAGGUGCUGCAGGAGAAGAUCAUGACCUUCGGGAACCAGAUCGCGGAGAUCGUCCACGGCGUCUGCAACGAGUUCCUCGGGGCGCCGAACAAGAAUAACGGCGAUACUUUUCUCAUCAUCUGGCGCGUGACGGAGGACGAGGCGUCAGGCCACGCCACGCGCACCAACCCGGCGGAGCUGGCCGUGACCGCGUUCGCCACCAUCCUAGGCGCUCUUCACAGCUCCAAGCAGCUGGCCGAAUACCGAGGGCACCCGGGCCUGCAGAUGCGGCUAGGCAGCGACGCGCGGGUCAACAUUAGCUUUGGCCUGCACGCCGGCUGGGCCAUCGAGGGCGCGGUCGGCAGCGAGUACAAGAUCGAUGCCUCGUACCUGUCGCCUACCGUGAGCAUAGCCGCCAGCAUCGAGAGGGCGACGGAGACGUACGACGUGUCGCUCAUUGUGUCACAAGCUGUGGUCACGCUGUGUGGGAAGCAGAUGAGAAGUAAGAGCCGGCUGAUCGACAAUGUCAUGAUCCGAGGCUCCACUGAGCCAAUAGAGCUGUACUCGGUGGACCUCGACCACAUGGCGCUGGGCGUGGACAGCGACGACGAUCCCGCGCCGAGGAACUGGAAUCCAAAGAUGCGGCUAAAGGCGCGACAGUUUAUGGAGCAGGAGAAGAAGUACAUCGUCAAUCACGACAUGAUCGAUAUCUUCGACGAUGACCCCUUGAUCAGGAGCAUGCGGAGACGAUUCACGGUGGACUUUUUCCAGUAUUUCAAUAUGGGCUACCAGAACUACUCGCAGGGGCAGUGGGAAGACGCCAAGACCUGGCUGUCCAAGAGCCGGGACAUGCUGGGCGUCGUCGACGGUCCCAGCAGAGCCUUGAUAGCUUUCAUGGAGGCCGAGAGCUCGAGACCGUCGAGGUCGCGAUCCAGGCUGGAGGCCCCCAGGGACUGGAAGGGCGUGCGCGGGCUCGGGCUGGAGGUCGGCAAACCCAAAAAUGUCGAGCUGUCACUGUGAGGCUCGGCGGGUGCCGCGUCAGCCCUGCAAAAUUCACCCUGCACCUCUAUUGUAACGGGUGGUCCCAGUGAGUACGCCUCUCUAGAGUGCACCUCUGCGGACCACUCUGGAGUUUCAAAUGCAUGCAGUCAGCAUUCUGCCAUCUCUGCUGCUCUGUGGCCACGCCCAGAUCCGUGCAUUGUCCUCUGGAGAAGCCUUGUCGCGCGCGCGAUUUUCCAGCAGGGAGCUGUGUCCCGCUUUGCCUGCCUGUCCGUAGCUGUGCAGCUGCCCUCCGCGCCUGCCAGUCGCCCUGUUCCGGCCGUCGGCACUCGCAGGGGCCCAAAGUGGCAUCCGCAACUCGAAGCGCUGCAUGUUCGAGGAGUUGCCCCUCAUUGGCUUCCCUCGUGGCACCUUCCCCUUCCUGCCCUCGUGUUGCUCCUGGGCGGCCGAGCAGCGCGCCGUGCACCUCUCGAGUCGAACGACUCCUGAAGGGCGGCGCUCUCCGCCACCGGGCCUGGGCUGCACCCACAAAAGCCCUCCGCCCUGCCUGCUCCCCCCCAUUCUCGAGGGGGGAGGAGGGGGGGCGGGGCGGCCAAGAGGGGGUGAUGACCACAGUCAAAGACCCUAAGAAGGACGCGCGACUUUGCUCAGGGUGCCCUUGCGUCCCUGCUCUUCCCUGCUCUUGCGUCCUUGAGGUUUUCUUCGUCCGC